GCUCUCAAACGGCUACUUUCACUUUCACUUUCAACACUAUUCCACCGUUUCUUUCGUACAAAUUAAUGGAUUCAAUCCAAUCACAAUAAACAAUGUAAAUCAAGUACUACAUACAAUAAGUUUAAUACGAUUGCAUGAUGUGUGACAAACAUGUUGACUGCAACUGCUUAAUAAAUACAAAAUACGGCUCUGCGCACCAGACAUUAGAUGAACUGGAUUUCAGCAGGGGGAUUUGGACUGCGGCAUUAGAUGGAUCUUAUGACGAUGUCAUCAACUGUUUAGAGAAGAAAGGAAUUAAUCCUGACGUCUUGGACUCAUCCGGUUAUACUGCAUUGCACUACGCCAGUAGAAAUGGGCACACAUCCGUAUGCCAGCUGCUUCUUGAAAAGGGGGCGUCACCCAACGUGCAGACGCGGUCAGGGGGCGUGACUCCGCUCCACCGAGCGGCCUAUUGUGGUCACACGGAUACUCUACGGCUUCUGUUGACCAGUGGCGCUGACCCUAAUAUUUAUGAUGCUGACGGAAUGCUUCCCAUACACAAAGCGGCAGAGAGAGGUCAAGCAUUAUGUGUACAACAACUCCUGGAAGCCGCUCCCGCCAGCCGCUCAGUCAGGGACAAAAAGGGGCGGACACCGGUGUCCUGUGUACAGGAACACUGCGAUGAAGUGAAACAGCUUUUUGAAGAUGUCCCAUGAACCUUAAAUUUAGAGCAUUUUCACAAAAGCGAGAGUAUUGUAUGCGUAAUAUGUUAAGGCUCAAGUGUCGAAUAUGUGUGUCUCAAAGCAAAAUGCAGGGUUGAUUGACCAAAUGUGAGCUACUACCAACCCUGGUGUGCGGACUCUCUGAAUGCACGCCCAGAGCAAAUAAUAUGCUUGGAAAAUAGUCUUUCUUGUUUUCUGUUUAAACUCCUAAUCGAAAGACGCAAACAUCGUCCGCUCUUACAUGACGAGACUCUCAUGGUAGGAGAGCGUUUGUGUACCUUAAUGCAAAGUGUUCAUCGACGGCAUAUAACAACAGACGUGUUGAAUUUGAAUUAUUAAGUCGAAUUUAUUAAACUCGCGGAUUCUAGAAAGCCGCCAAAAACCUUUACCGAUGCACAAUUAAUUUAUGUGGAGUAGUCGGACUAAUAAUAGAAAUAAUCAAUGAGUUACUCUCAACUCUUGCAAUGAAAAGUUCUGGUAGUGGUGUCUUAGAGUUGCCUUUCUUCGCCUUCAAAUAAUGGAAAUUG